AUGUUGCAUUCAAGCAGGCACCAUUUGGCGUCUGCCGGACGUGUUUUUAUGGAUGUCGCAAUUGGCUCCUGCUCGCCCAAAAGAAUUGAAUACGAACUCUUUACUCGCAAGUGCCCUGUGGCUGUGGAAAACUUUGUGAAGCUUUGUACGGGGGAAAACGUCUUGCCGCGUGUGCCAAGCACCGCCGGCAUGGGCGACCCCUCGUUUGGGGAUCAAUUUCUUCCGCAAGUCACUUACAAGAACUCUACCUUCCAUCGUGUGCACAGGGGGUAUCUUAUUCAGGGCGGGGAUGUUGUGAGUGGCCAAGGAACAGAGCAGCUGUCUAUAUACGGCGAAACAUUUGAUGCUCCGGAUGAAGUGAGUUCAUCGGUUUUUGACCAACGCGGUCUCGUUGGCACGGCGGUGAGUGCGCCUCAUCUCAACGGCUCUCAGUUUUUUAUUCUCACGGCAAAAGAGGCUCCUCACUUAAACGGGACGUGCAUUUGUUUUGGGCGUGUUGUAAAGGGGUUUGACGCCGUUGAGGAAAUUGAGCGCGUGCCGUUGACACCUUCUGGCUUCCCCUCGCGCAGGGUAACCAUCGUGGACUGUGGGAGGCUGUAG